AUGACUCAGAACUACUCUCGUUUGAGAAGACAGGAUGUCGGCUUGAAAAGCCACCUGGAUCAGCUAGACCAGCGAAUAAGUGAGCUGAAAUUGGACGUCAGUAAGACCUCCAGUGAAUACUUGGAUAGUGACAGCCGGCCCAGCUCAGGCUUCUAUGACCUGAGUGAUGGUGGUUCUUGCUCCCUCUCCAAUUCUUGUACCUCUGUGUACAGUGAGUCCAUCUCCUCCUCCCACACCAGUCUCUUGCCCGGCUCUCAACACCCUAAAGCAAGGCUCAGUGUGUUUGAUUACCGACCCAAGUCUGCAGAUGAAACUACUGUGCACACCACCAGCUUCCAACAGCAGGGAACCUAUGUCAGCGAUGGAUGUCGGAUUACAGCUAGCACAGACAUUUCUGGGACUCCUGCCAGGUCCCGACCAAGGCCAGUUUCCACAGGUGACUUGGAAAGACUCAUUCCAGCAGACACUAGAUUUCAGAAAGAGAUAGAUCCCAAAUCCGUGUUGCCUCUGUGCCGUGCCGGAGACACGCACUUGCUCAGCGUGGACCCCAAAUUCCAGAACGACUUGGUCUCCAAGAAUGGCAUUGAUGUGUAUCCUUACCCAAGCCCCCUUCAUGCGGUGGCUUUACAAAGUCCCCUUUUCUCCCUGGUGGGGACAUCCCCAGAAGCAGACCUCCAGGCUCCUCCCAGCAAACCCAUGCCUAGUGCGGCAGGUCCCAGCUUGGUUAGGACUCAGCCAACCACUGAGGCCAAGCCAGGGGGUUACAUCAAUAAAUUACUGCAGCUGACGAGAUGCAAAGGGAACAAUCGGGCUGAUGCCAGCGAGGGGGUUUCAACAAAGAGCCAGCCAGCCACAAUGCACCAGAGACUCAUUAUAACCCCCAGUGCCGGUGGAGUGAAAAUUAACAGCAGCAGUAGCCAGCUGGAAAAACAAGCGAGUUCUCUGGAAAGUAACAAAGCUGAAGGGAAGCUGCAGAGAGAGGUGCUGGAGGGGGAAUGUGCCAAGCAGCAGGAGGCCAUGCGCUGUGUGAAUGAAGAACAGCCAUCCACUCGGCCUGACACAGAGCCAUCAGCUGUGAAUAGUUGUUAUCCUGCCAAGUCAGCAGCAAGGGGCUCUCCUCUGGCAGAAGCAACGGAGAGCAGCGUGGAGCGCAGUUCCUCCUGCUCGCAGCUGUGCCAGGAGGACUCCAGCCUGGGCACCUGGAACGCUAAAGCCAUCCCACCCAGAAAGCUGCCCCUCAAAAGGUGUGGCAAUGCCAAAUUGGCUAACGGCGGGUGUCAUGAGCGAGUGGCACGCAGCGAGUUUGUUCAUGCUCAGUUCGUCCCUGCAGAAUCCCACCAAGUCCGGGUCAAGUUUGCCAGCUCCAAAACAAAGGCAGUGAAGAUAAAGAGGAGGAAUAGUGAAAAGGUACUACGGCCUGGAAAGCAAGCCUUUUGCGUGGAGAAGGCGAGAGGGUCCCAUGGGGCUGCCAGGCUGCCUGCUGAGUGGAAUCAGUCCCAAAGACCCCAUGGAGCGAAGAGCCUCGUGCGGAGACCUUCGUAUUCUGGUGACGUGACCGGCAGGUCGUGCUCGGAGUCUAGCCUGUUCCCUGUGCAGGUCAGGCUCCCCACCGCGCCAUCCAGGCCGGAGCUCUACAGAGCCUCUGCCAAUGCACUGUAUUCCCUCGAAGCAGCUUGCGUAGACACAGCCAACAAGAAGAAGCAGCGCAAGUGGCAGUCCACGGUCGAGAUCUCUGCCAAGGCCCACCUGGCCAGCCUCUCCAGUAGCUUUGGCCUGGGAGUGCCCAGGCAGCCAGCAAGGAGAGCUGGUGUCCUGCGCACUGUCAGUAUGAGGGCUCGCUCCAAAAGUCAGCGCCACGGAGCUUAUGCCAAAAGCGAGUCGGACCACUCCGAGUACUCUGCAGAAUGCGCUUCCCUCUUUCACUCCACCAUUGCAGAGACCAGCGAAGGGGAGGUCAGCGAUUUCACGACUAACCGUUUCGGGGACAGUGAGUCCAGCGAAAGCGAUUCGGAUGGCAGCAGUAACAGUAGCAGCCUUGCCCUUGACUAUGAUGAGGCGGAUGAAAGUGAGCUGAUCUGGCCUGAAGGUUCGGUCAGACAAUCGGGGACUGUCCAGACCUCUUCCAAGCCUCUUCCCCCAGUGCCCAAAAUCUGUCGCAUUAAAGCUUCAAAGGCACUAAAGAAGAAGAUUAGGAGAUUCCAACCUGCCUCUCUGAAGGUCAUGACCAUGGUUUAA